CGUUACCGUGUUCAAUGCUUGGAGUACCUUGGAGACCACAUGAGAGCAUCGCUCUUCAGCUUCGAGUCUGAAGAUUUAAAGCACGAUACUUGGACGUGGCAAGACAGCGGUUCAGCAUAUCGGUAACAUGUGGAACAGCCACCUGUCCUUCAGAUGCCGCGUGAGCGAGGCGCUUGCCCGCGUCCGAUUGAACAUUUACUUUGCUGAUUAAUGCGCAGCUCUUGCCGUUCGAGCUUAACGCGACAGCGACAUAGAAAGUGAUCUAAGAGGGAAAAGAGUCCGAUUUUUUUUUGGUAAACGAAGGAUGAGACUGGAAAAAGCUGAUAUAUGUGUUACCAGGAAGCCUGGGUCGCACAAUUGAGAACUUAAGCUGAUGCAUCAGGAUUUCCAUUACAGAAAUGCAUGGACCGCAUCCAGUGAAUCGCCUCAUCAGGGAAGAGUGAUUAAAGGCGGAUUCAAUCCUGCUUUAUAUGCACGCAUCUGACUCAACAAAUACUUGGCUAAGCUUCGUUUUAUGCUCAUCUUUAAAACAAACGUUAAUGUCUUGAUGUAAAAUUGUAUUCAGCCUUUCCCUGUAUUCGUUUUUUUUUUUAGAUUUGUGAGGGUACUUAACAGUUUUAAUUCAGAGAGGCUAAGAUUCUUUGUAACAAAAAGAAGCAGCAUUUCACCAGAUUUUUUUAUUUUUAUUUUGCUGUCAUCUUGGUAUUUAUUUGGUCUAAUUUUUGGCAUGUUAUACCUCUGUGUUGAUCUGGAACAUCUGCAUAAUGAUGAAUGACUUGGAAACUUUAUUUUUUAUUUAUUUUUUUUGUUUACUGUAAACUUCACUGGAAGAGUUUAUAACAGGAUAAAAUACGAUCAAAUUCAGCUGCUAGGGAGUAUGAAUCUGAUCCAACGAUUCCGGAAAAACCUGCCACUUCUGUGAACCUUUGCUGCAUUAUUUUUUAUCCUUGAGUCGAAUGAGGAAGAGGAAGAUCGGGGAUGAAGGAGCAGUGCAGGAUCUGCAGCGGUGACCUCUGCGGGAACCAGCGCCGUUGGAUCUUCCACCCGGCGUCGCGGCCGAACCUGCAGCUGCUGCUGUCGCAUGCCCUGGGCCGGGGCCUGUGCCGCGACGGCCGCGGCGAGUUUGCCUGCAGCAAGUGCGCCUUCGUGCUGGAGCGCAUGUACCGCUUUGACAUGGUGAUCGUGCGGGUGGAGGCCCUCUCCGUGGAGCGCCUGCAGAGGCUGCUGGAGGAACGAGAGCGGCUGAGGCAGCACGUCAGCGCGCUGUACCGCCGGAGCAAUGGUGGCAUGGCGGAGGCGGCGGAAGGAGCAGUGGGAGCGGCCCAGCUCAGCUACUCCGCCCUGCUCCAGGAGGACCUGGCUAACUCCGGGUUCGAGUCCUGGGCCAGGCAAGGGGUGAAGGGGAAGGGGGUGGAGGUGGUCCAGCAUCGCUGUGGGAUGGCCGAGACUGCAGGCCAGCGGCCCAGGAAUUGCAGGGGAUGCGCCGGUUUACGCGUGGCCGACUCGGACUACGAGGCCGUCUGCCGGAGGCCCAGGCGGGCGGGCCGGAGUGUUUCCUGUGGACCGGCCACUUGUAUGCUGGCAAGCAAGUGUGGGGAAGAGCCUGUGGGCAUUGACCAAACGCAGGAGACCCCACACACGGCGUCAGAUGGACACACAACACCGGAGGAGGGAGGGCUGAGCCAGAAUUCCUCCGUGGAGUCCCUGGAUGUAAUUGUGGAUGUGGGUCGGACCACCAGUGGGGAGGGGAAGGGAGAUCCGAAAGAGGAGUCUGAACUGGAAGACCUGGAGGCACUCCUCACGCCGGCCAGACGCUGCCGGUACAGGCCCGUCCCCAGCCAGCGUGGCAGCCGUCUUCCAGUCCUGGCCAAACCAGCCUCCCUGGAAGCCAGUACCAAGACUCCAUGCAGGGGCCCGCAGCCGAGGGAGUGGCUAGAGCUCGCGGAGCUGGAGGAGUCCUGGCAGGAUGUCUAUAUGGAGUACAUGCCAUUCCAGGAGCAGACCCUGAUAGACCAGCAGCAGACCCAACUGAACCAGUACGAGCGCGCUGCCAGCCAGUGUGUCGACGAGCUGCAGAAGGUGCAGCUGCAGGCGCAGUCGCUGCAGGCGAAAAUUCAGGAAAGUGAGGCCACCAAUCAGAGGCUGCGGGACAAGCUGAGCGAUAUGGAGGCGGAACUGCAGUCCCUGCGGCAGGAGCCGCAACUGCAGGAUUGUGUCAUCCAGAGCCCGAGAGAGUCGCUACAUAUCAUGGACGUGGAGCUGGACCCUGAGGGGGCGGAGCCUGGUCAGGUGACCCUACUGCAGUCGGAGCUUCUGACUCUCCGGGGCUCCUUGUUCUCGGCGCAGCUGGAGCUGCAAGGCACCCAGAGGGCCAGCAAGCAAGCCGAACAGCGGGCCGCUGACCUGGCGUCCCUCCUCGAGCACAUCCAGGUCGAUCUUAAGGAGGCGCUGCGACGCAGGGAGGCUGCGGAGCUGCACAACCAGGAGCUCCGCUCCGCUCUUCAGCAGGCGCGCUCAGCUGUGCAGGAGAAGGAGGCGCAGCUGAAGGAGCAGGAGGCUGGGGCACAGAUGGAGGUGGAGGGACGGGACAGGAGCAUCCACACCCUGAGGAUGUCCCUGCACAAGAAGGAAGAGCUGCUGCAGGAAUACUCGGACCUGUUGGACAGUACACGGGAACCCACCGUUUUCCGGGAUGCCCUGCUGGACAAGCUGAAGGAUCGCAUAAAGGAACGGGACCGAGCUCUGGAGCGUGCCAUCGAUGAGAAGUUCCACUGCCUGGAGGAGAAGGAUAGAGAAGCCCAGCGGCUGCAUGUGGCCCUCAGAGAGAAGGACAGGGACAUGGAGAGGCUGCGCUGCGUCCUGUCAGGCAACGAGGAGACUAUCACGAGUUUGGACGGCCUGCUGCGGGCGAAGCAGCUGGAGCUGGACCGUGUGACGGAGGCUUCCAGGAGCCUCCAGUGGCUGAAGCAGGAGGCGGAGAAGCGACACGGGCGGAGUCUGGCGGAGAGCGAGGCUCUGAUUGGUCAGCUGCAGGCCUCGCUGGAGAAGCGGAGCGAGGAGGCGGAGGAGCUGACCACGGCCCUCCUCGGUAAGCUCUCCACAAAUCACAGCCAGGUGGUGGAGGAGCUGGGCCGGCAUCUACGACUGAAGGACCGUCUGUUCCGGGAGGUCCUGUCCGACCGCAACCGGCUGGCCCAGGAGCGCCAGACCGAGGUCCAGGAGCUACUGAACACCAUCAGCGCCAGGGACCAAUAUAUCCAGGAUUCGGCCGCUCGCCUUCGUCAGGUGAUCAGUGAGGGAGCGGCUGAGGUACGAGAGCUGCGGUGGCAGUUGGCAGCCAAUGAGAGGCGAGGCCUGGAAGCCGAGAUCCUGCGGGAGCGGCUGCGUGAGAAGGAGGCCGUCAUUCAGCAACUGAUGCUGAACCAUGUAGAGCCAAUGGUCGCGUCCAACCAAGGAGAGGCGGUAGAAGAGUCAUGUGACCAUGACUCCGAGGCCCGGAAUAACCUACAAGCCCUUCAAGAGGAACUUCAUCUUGCCCUGAAGAAGGAGAAGGAGACCCAGCUUGAGCUGUUGGCCCUGAGAUCAGCCCUGGCUACAAGGAUGGGUGAGAAGCCCCCCGAGGAAGGUGACCUGGACACCCCCACCCAGAGCGUGCGUCUCAGCAAGAUUCUGUCAGAGUACGACGCACUUAAUGAAGCUUUAAAGACUGAGAAAGAGAUUUACCACAAUCUGAUCCAGAUUCAGCCUCGAAAAGGAAGCCCAGAGAAAACACAUGCAAUAGAUGUGGAACUGGAGGCAGUUCAGAACCUACGAGGCCAGCUGGAGGGGGUCCUUGUGAGGACCCGAGACACUGCCCUGGCUCUGGAAGAGGCAGCUAAGAUGCAGCCUGAUUUUGGAGAGCUCAGCACCGAGGAAGCACAGGAGGAAGAUGAGAGAAGUGAAUUCACAGACAGCAUUGAGGAUGUGGAUGACUGUGUAUUGACUGCUGUGGCCCUGACCACCACACAGAAUGCUGUCCUCACCCAUGAACUGGGCGACCAGCGUGGAGGACUGAUGAACGGCAUGCUAUCCCAGGAUUCUGCAAUGGGAGGGCAGGGCCUGGCGGAGUGGAAGCGUGAGAUGGAGCAGCUGGUGGAGCAGAAGAGGACGGUAGAGAGGGAGCUGGGAGAGCUGAAGACUCAGUUGGAGAAGUGUGGCUUUACCUCCCUGUCACAGAUGAGGGCUGCGCUGCUGGGUCUGCGGCAGGAGAACGAGGAGCUGAGGGUACUGAGCGGGAAGGCGAAGAGGUGGGGCUCGGAGAAGUGUGCAGCGGAGAGGUGGAGCGAGGAGGGACGCGGGAUCCGGGAAGAAGAGGACGGAGAAGAGGAGGAUGUGAGGGAGCAGACAAAGGGCAACCCGACACAGGGCAAACGCUGUGCCCCCAGGGUGCAGCUACGCAGGGGCCGAGGGAAGAGGCAGUGUACCCGGCCACAUUCGCUGGACCUGGGGGCGCUGCUGUCUCAGGGCCCGGUGGAGAGCACGGCCCAGGGGGCGGAGCCCAGCGUGGCUGAGGGCGGGUUCUGGCAGCAGGUGGAGGUGGGGCUUCGGGAGCAGGUACAGCGGCUGCGUACGGACCUGACACUAAGCCGGCAGGAGAGUCGCGAACUGCAGGAGAGACUCAUGGUGUCUGAGGCUACAGUGCUGGCCCAGUCGGAGCAGCUGAAGGAUUACAGGGAGCUGCUGUCCGAGACCUCAGUGGAGCAGCACAGCAAGCAGGUGCAGGUAGACCUGCAGGACCUGGGCUAUGAGACGUCCUGCCGUAGUGAGAAUGAAGCCGAGAGAGAGGACAUGAGCAGCCCGGAAUUUGACGGCCUGGAGAUGUGUCCUGAUCCGCCGCAGCAGGACCACGGGGCACAGUGGUGGGCAGGGGAUUGUGGGAAGUGCGAGGAAGCGGAGGAGCUGCGGACCCAGCUGUCGCGCGCGCACCGCACCAUCCGCGGCCUGCAGGCGCGCGUGCGCUCGCUCUCCACCACCAGCGACUAUGCCUCCAGCCUGGAGAGGCCACGGCGCAAGGUGGACUGGGCUUUCCAGGCCUCGCCGACCCUCGGUGGCCCGGAAGAGGAUGAGGGCUGGCAGUCGGACGGGCCGGCGCCCUCCAAGCGGGGGCCUGGAAGAGAGCUGGAGGAGCUGGGGACUCGCGUAGCUUUGCUGGAGUCACAGCUGAAGAACAAAAACAUCAUGGAGGAUGUCAAGUCUGCCACCUGGCCGGGGAAGUACGGUACCCUGAUCCAGGCUCAGGCCCGCGAGCUCUCCCAUCUGCGGCAGCGGAUGCGCGAGGGCUGCGGCGUCUGCCAUGCCCUGGCCCUGCACCUGGACGACACCACCAAGGCCUUCGAGGAGCUGCUGCGAGCCAACGACGUCGACUACUACAUGGGUCAGAGCUUCCGCGAGCAGCUGGCGGAGAGCCAGGCGCUGGCCAGCCGCGUCAAGGCCAAGAUCUGCGGCCGGGGCGACCUGGAUCUCCAAGUGGACAAGAUGGGGCCCAAGCUGCUGUCUCUCAGGCUGAGGAAGGAGCUCCAGCAGAAGGAUGACAUCAUAGAGUCUCUUCACUCCAAGCUGCGGCGCACCGACACGCCCUCCAGCUGCCACGCCCCCUCCGAGACCACCGACCAAUCGGAUGGGACCUCCUUCGCUUCGAGCGAACGUGGCUCCACGAACGAGGACCUGGAGGUUGGCUCGGACGUGGAUCUGGCCAGCGAGUGUGGCCGGGAGGAGCGGGUCCGUCAGUCACGACCUGGGACAUCCAGCACAGAAACCACCCCUUGUGGUGGCAGCAUGACAUGGCACCCAUGCAUCCCAUCAUCCGCUUCUCCAUCUCAUGAGGCUCAGUCCUCCAACAGCUGUACCAGCAUGCCAUGCUCACAGUUCAUGCCUGUGGAGAAUCAGGAUGAAGGCCGAUAUUGUGGCCCUAUUUCCAGUUCCCUCCCCAUUCCCCAGUCUCAGUACUACCCAAACCCCCGAGGUCAGAGCGGAAACGCACCCUUUGACCCUCACUCACCCCUUCAGGGCGUGGGCCUGUUCUCAUUGGCCGACGCCCACCAGGAGCUACAGAUGCUGCAGAAGCAGCUGGGAGAAAGCUUUUCACUGUCCCACCCAAAUCCAUUACCUGGCUUCCAUCCAGUCCCACAAUCCCACCUGGAACCCACCAGCUACAUGCCUAUGUCCCACAAUGCCUUUCCCCCGGCAUCAUUUGGGGUCCCCGAUGGGACUCCCACGUUGAAUGUAUUCACUAACCUGCUGGAGAGCAGUGCCUCAUGGGAUACCGGUCAUGUGCAGGGGGGUGGGUGUGUAAGUGCCUCUCCUGACCCGUCGGGCCUCCUGAGGGAAAUCCGUGGUCUGAGGCAGCAGCUCGAGGACUCCAUCCGCGCCAACGAGCGACUUCGCCAUCAGCUGGAGGAAAGGUUGGCAACGGCUUCCCGAGAUGGCGUAGCACCUACAAACAUCUACAUCCAAGGACUGGAAUCCCUCACCCCGUUGGCCAAUGAAAUCAGAGCCCUAAAAGAGGAGAACCUUGCUCUUCAGGCCCAGCUGCAGGCAAGCAGAGACGCCUGCCAGGAAGCAGAGAAACUGCAGGCCAUGCUGAAGGAAGCAGAGCUAGAGGCGGAGCAGUGGAAGGAGGAGCUCCAGCGGCUGCAGGUGCACAGCUGCGAUCAGGCGCUGGAGAUGCAGCGGCUGCAGCUGGAGCAGGAAGUCAGCCAGGAGCGCAUUAAAAGGCUGCAACAUGAGGCCUAUCUGCUCCAGCAGCAGCUGACUGAGACCCAGCAGCUUGUAGACUCACUGCGGUGUGAGCUGGCGUUCUACGACCGGAUGUGCCGGAGCACCACGUGGCCCCCUGCAGCCUAUAGAGGCCGCGGCUGUCCAGCUGGGGCGCCUGCAGCUGCAGAUCUUGCAGACCUGCUGGAUGAAAUGCGCAGGCUGCGUACGCAGCUAGAGAGCAGCUACAAGGAAAACGGCAAGCUGCGUGCGCAGCUUUUGCAGCAGCCUGGCAGCCCGGGAGGCCACGGAGAAUCCCACCUCUCUGGCUAUGGGAAGCAUUUCUCUCACGACCUCGCACUGUCACCGCCUGUCAGGGACACUGGGCCCUGUGACGCUCCCCCCCCGUCUGCCUCCGAAUACACAGAAGCAGGGUCGUCUGAACUUGCCGCCUAUGACCUAGAACCACGGUCCCUCCUGGAAGGAGACGCGUCAGACGGCUCCUGUGCUAGCAAGAGCGGCCACCACGCCGUGGGCCAUGUGGGCGACUUCAGUGCCCUGCGGCAGCAGAUCCUGGAGGGGAAGGUCCUGGUGCAGGACAUAGAGGCCGUUUUGCAGUGUUCCCUCAAAUGUACCCUGCCGGGACCCGCAGGCACCCAGGCUCUGGACCACAGCGACCUAAGAGGCCUCCUGGGCAACACCAGAACUUUGCGGCAGAUCCUGGAAGAGUCCAGCUCUCUGCUUAGAAUGUUCUGGAGAGCAGCACUGCCCAGCAGCGAGGACUCUGCCCAGCAGGCCAAAAAGGACCAGUCCAUGAGAAACGAGAUUCAGCAGCUCCACCAGAGGAUUCGUGACCAGGAGGAGGCGCUGCAGGGCACCACAGAGAGGCUGCGAAGCAGCAACCGUAGCAAGGAGAACAUGGAGCACUUCAUUGUGAGCCAGUUAUCGAGGACACGCAGUGUUCUGAAAAAGGCCCGGACAAACCUGGAGAAGAACGAGUACAAGCUUUCCGCCCUAAGUUCCUCCUCUUCCUCUCCCGACCCCGGUAAAGCUGAAGGUGCAAGAAUCCCCUGGGAAGCCCGCCGCUCAGACUGUGGAUCUGUGACAUAUCGCCCCCUGCAGGCAGUCAGUCAGCAGGUUGUCAGGAAGCGCACUGGGCAGCGUUUUCUUCCAGUGGCGGCUCACUGAUGAGUUCCCAAUCGAGGCCUUUUUUGAUCAGAGCAAAGACCCUUUGUCUUUUGUAAUCGCAGUUGGCCAAAGUAAUUGACGAACAUUGUUUGGCAAAACCAUUUUGCUUUUGUUUUUGAGAUCAGAGGAUCAGAGACUUUUGCUGUUUGAAAAGUGUGCAUUUUGUGCACACAGGCGUGUUGUCUUCUAUACCUGCCAGCUCGCAGAUUAUUUCAUGUAUUUGCAUGUUGUUAUAUGGUUUGUAUGGAAUAAGGAUAUUUUAAGUUGGCAAGGUUCCCCUACCAUAGAAAGGUAUUUUCUGUUUGACACAUAAUAGCUGAAGAUACUGAAUAUGUAGGAUUUUUUUCUGAAAGCACCAAAACACCUUUACACUCAAAUAUUGAUAAUGUAACUUUUAUUAACAUUUAUAAAUGGGUUUCGCCACCAUUUAAAAAUAAAUGGCGUGGAGAAGAGCCCCAAAAGUCAUUUGUAGAGUACAAUAUUCAAGAUUAGCAUGUGGAAUGAGUGCUGUUUGUCAACUGGUAUUACACCGGCUAUGCCUGACACUGGAACUAAGUGUUAUUUUAAGACCGUCAGUGCAAUAUAAAUGAACUACAGCUCACUCUGUAAUCUAUGUUCAUUGGAAUAUAGUUUUUAUGAGGGGGGGCAGUGGUACUGUGAAAAAGGAAAAGCUGUUUGUGUAACGAAAUCUGCAAUGUUGUUCUUGUUUUGUUUUAUCUUUCCUGGUACCCAUCAGUAUGUGAAGCACCGGCUAUCACCAUUAGCCACUGGCUUCACGCCACCUCCGACAUCCUGGUGGAGAAAUGUCUUUGAUGAAAUUUUAACUAGAAGUCUGAGCAGGGAGGCGGUAACCAUUAGUCGUUUGGUCCAUUUAUCGGGAUUGACUAGGUAUUGUUUAGUGUGCACUUGUCUUUAUAGAUGGACCAAACAUUUUAUUUAAUGUAUAUAAUUUGCACACUUCACAAAUAAGAGUACUUGGAAUAAUUGUACCCUGCAAUGCCAAACCCCAGUAUGGUAUUUUUGCUAAAAAAAAAUCUUUGUCCCCCUCUCACACAAAAAAAAAAAGAAAUCUGAAUCAAAAUUUUGUAUCUGAAGUGGAUAAUUGUCAAUUUAAGUGAUUUUUAAAAACAUUGCAAACAUCGGCAGGGUGCUGAUAUAACGCGUUAAAGGUUAUACACAAACGUGUGUUAGCUGCUUACCGCCAAGCUGUAUGUUGCUGUAUAUUUUGCAUUUUCCUGCUGUAAAUAAUCAGCUUUCUGUAUAUAUAUAUAUUUGGUUUAUGCUGGUUAGUUUGUAUACCGUUUGCCUUGGAUAGAAAUGAAAUAUCCUGGGUGGCUGUGCAAUAGAUUUUGUUUUAUUUCUCCCUCCUGAUGUGACACAUCACGAGUUGCAAAAAAUUGUAUUUUCUUUUCAGUGCCAUAUUGUUUCCACCUGAUUUUGGUCUCGUCUUCUGUAUAGUCAAAUAUCUGGCUUCUCUCUUAAUUGAUGGGUGGGUCGGUGGGGGGGAGGGGGGGUGGUAUUAAGUUUGUACCCUGAUGUAUUGCUGCUGUUCCAAUGCUUUGAAUGUCACCUGAAUGGUCCUAGUUGUGAAACUCUCUUCAGUGGUGUCUUGGCGCCCCCUGCUGGUGUAUAUGGAGUCUGAUAGCGUGGCCCGCUUUUCUCUUCCCUCUUCCUCAUUACAUCUGACAAUCUUCAGACAUUCUGGAUUUUUAAUACGGAAAUUUCAAGAAAUCAUAAAUCGAUUUAAAAGUUCACCUACGCGUAGGUGAGGAAAAGUCGGCCAUCUGCUGUUUGGGCAGUUCCGCCAACCCGGUCCUCAGGGAUGCACGGACAGUCCAAGUUUUUGCUCCCUCCCAGAUGGUCCACAUUUUUGCUUUCUCCCAGAUCCCAGUAGCAAAAACGCAGACUGUCUGCAGGUCCGCGAGGACUGGAUUGGGAAAUGCUAGGUUGGAGGAAUCAGCAGUGUGGGUCUUGGUGAUGUCCUACCUCUCAGUGUUGUAUGAAUUGUACAUAGCAAGUGCCGAGUGGUUCACCCUCUAAGGCUCCUUGCGAUAUUCUGUGUGUAAGCACAUGUUUUUUGUGAGUGUGCCACCUCAGACCCCAUGGACUCUGACUGUGAAUCGAUGUGUUGUGUAGGUCAGUGUUUCCCAAUCCGGUCCUCAGGGACCCACAGACUGUCCAUGUUUUUGCUCCCUACUGGGAACUGGUCGCCAAGGAGCAGGUUGUGAAACACUGGUGUCGGUGGGGAAAAAAAUAUGUUUGAAAGCUUUGGCUUAGUAGGAAUUAAACACUACUGCAUACUGA